GAUUGACGUGGUUAAAUCAAGUGGUAAAAUAUUUUAUAUUUAUUAAUUGUUGGUGAAUUAUAUUAGGAUAAAAUUGUAUCAUUUUGUAUUGAAUGGUGGACCAAUGAUGAAAUUCACCUUGGCUAUUACCAACAUUUUAAAGGAAAAUAGCUUUAAAAUUGUAAGGGGAGAAAAGAUGAAAAAUGUUAAAAGAGUAUGAGUGAAAAGUGAAAACAAGGAGAAAAACAGGAAGAAACAGUAAAUGCAAAAGAAAACAGAAGAGAGAAAUAAAAGGGCAGCAAGACAAGGGUGGGGAGCUUGAUCCACAUGCAGAAAGAAGAAGAUUGAAAACCCUAAGAAGACAAAGUUCUGACGACCCAAUUCUCUCCUUCCCCGACUUCCCUAAAGCAGCUACAUUUGGCAUGAAGCCGCUGCCAUUUGAGAGGAGUGGUGUUUAUCUGGGGAUGAUUAUGGUUGUUGAUCAAAGAGGAGUCUUGUAUGUGUAUGUAUGUAUAUAUUCCGUGAUUCUUGCGGUCGUGGCAAAUGUGGUUUGUGGUUCGAAUGAUCAGAAGAUUCUGAAGGAAUUCAGAGAUGGAUUAGAGAAUCCCGGGCUCUUGAAAUGGCCUUCUGAUGAAGAUGAUGAACCUUGUGCCACUCCUGUAUGGCCUCAUAUCAUCUGCUCUAAUGGCAGAGUCACACAAAUUCAGGUUCAGAGUUUGGGGUUAAGUGGCCCAUUGCCUCAAAACAUUAAUCAGCUAGAUAAACUGGAAAGUCUAGGCCUUCAGAAGAAUAAUUUAUAUGGCAAACUACCAACUUUAAGUGGGUUGAGUAAUUUGCAGUCUGUGUUCUUGGAUGGCAAUCGUUUCGAUUUGAUCCCCGCGAAUUUCUUCCAAGGACUUACUAGUAUUCGUUUUUUGGCUUUGGAUGAUAACCCGUUGAAUAAGACAACUACUGGAUGGUCUAUUCCUCCUGACCUGCAGAAAUCUUCUCAGUUGACGAAUUUUUCAUGCACCAACUGCAACAUAAUAGGACCAUUGCCUGGAUAUUUUGGGGAGCUUCCAUCUCUCACUGUAUUGAAACUGUCUAGCAAUGGGCUUAGUGGUACGAUACCAAACAGUUUUCGCAACUCAAUGCUGCAGAUUUUGUGGUUGAAUAACCAGGAAGGUAGCGGGAUGACUGGUCCAAUUGAUGUCAUAGGAUCCAUGGUUGGCCUUGUAUCGUUGUGGCUUCAUGGGAAUAGGUUUAAUGGACCAAUCCCUGGUAGUAUCGGGAAUUUGACUUCUUUAAAGGAUCUCAGCUUAAACGAGAAUCAUCUUGUUGGUGUGAUUCCCCAAGUUUUGGCUGAUCUGAAUCUGCAAUCUUUGAAGCUGGACAGUAAUAUGCUGAUGGGUCCAAUUCCAAAGUUUAGAGCUGCUAAAGUCACUUACUCUUCAAAUUCUUUCUGUCAACAGGAACCCGGUGAGCCUUGUGCUCCUCAAGUUAAUGCUCUAUUGCAGUUUCUUCAGUAUUUGAACUAUCCGCCUCGUCUUGCAGCUGAAUGGAUUGGCAACGACCCCUGCGACGGGCAUUGGUGGGGGAUCACCUGUAAUCCAAGCCGUAAGGUUUCCAUUAUUAAUCUGCCAAAGUUUAAUCUCGAUGGUACCUUGAGUCCUUCACUUGCAUCCUUGAAUUCGCUCGUUGAAAUUCACUUGCCUGGGAAUCAUUUGCACGGUAAAGUGCCAGACAGAUUAACUUCUUUGAAAUCUUUGAGAUUGUUGGAAAUUAGUUGGAAUCGCUUUGAUCCACCACUACCGAAAUUUAACAAAGGAGUGAAAGUUGUCACUGAUGGCAAUCCUGGUCUAACAGCUAAUGGAAAUGUGUCGAGUCCUCCAAGUCCUGACAUACAAAAUCCCGAGUUUCCAGGGGAUGGUUCCUCACCCGAUAACGAUCAGCCACUAUUCUUACAAAGUCCAGCGCCUUCCCCAGUGGACAACUCGGCUUCUACUACAAGGUCUACCGUUGGCAUUACUGUGGCUGUUACUAUAGUUUCCACAAUUAUUGUUUACCUAAGUGUCACGUAUAUUUGCUACAUUUGUAAGAGUAAAAAAUCGAACAACAUUUAUGGGGCAACUGGGUUCCAUCCCAAAGACCAACCCAAACCUGACAUUAAGAUUACGAUCACUGAUGAGUCCACUAUCGAGCCACCGGAAAAUCAUGCUUUUGGUAAAAGUAGUAAGGGGAGUGAAAUCAGUGAAUAUAGUUAUGUGACUGAGGCCGCACACUUAAUCAUCCCUUUUCAGAUCCUUCGCACUGUAACUAACAAUUUUUCCCCGGAUAACGAGGUUGGUCGAGGAGGUUUUGGAGUAGUUUACAAAGGGGCACUCGAAGAUGGCACUCAGCUUGCAGUGAAGAGAAUGGAAGCCAAGAUUCUUAAUAAUAAAGUACUAGACGAGUUUAAGGUAGAGAUUGCUGUUCUUUCUAAGGUUCGCCAUCGCCACCUUGUGUCACUUUUGGGUUACUCAGUCGAGGGAAAUGAGAGGCUUCUGGUGUACGAAUACGUGCCACAAGGGGCUUUAAGUAAGCAUCUUUUCCACUGGAGGAAACUCAGCUUGAAGCCUCUGGCAUGGUCAACGAGGUUGAUCAUUGCUUUAGACGUUGCUAGAGCGAUGGAGUACCUUCAUAGUCUCACGCACCAGAGCUUCAUCCACCGCGAUCUCAAGUCAUCCAAUAUUCUUCUUGGGAAUGAUUUUCGAGCUAAAGUUUCCGAUUUUGGCUUGGUGAAACUUGCUCCUGAUCGAGAGAUAUCUGUAGCCACUACUCUUGCUGGAACCUUUGGAUACCUCGCUCCCGAAUAUGCAGUGACGGGGAAAAUUACAACCAAAGUGGAUGUGUUCAGCUUCGGGGUGGUUUUGAUGGAACUUCUUACAGGCUUAACAACGCUUGAUGAACAGCGUACAGAAGAAAGCCGAUAUUUGGUGGAGUGGUUUUGGCAAAUGAAAUCGAACAGAGAGAAGCUGAUUGCUGCCAUCGAUCCGGCUCUCAAUGCGAAAGAAGAUAUCCAUAACAGCAUUUGCAUCAUCGCGGAAUUGGCUGGGCAUUGCACUUCAAGGGAGCCUAAUCGUCGGCCUGAAAUGGGGCAUGCUGUCAAUGUGCUAGCCCAAUUGAUCGAGAGAUGGAAGCCUGAAGAACGCGAGGAGGAUUCUUCUUCUUCGGCUAACGAUUUCUCUCUACCUCUAUCCGAAAUGCUGAAGAACUGGCAGAAUGAACGAACCGGAGACUUCAGUUACCUUAGUCACGAUAGCAAAGAAAGCAUUAUUUCUCCACAGCCAACAGAUUUUCCAGAUUCGUUUAGUUCUUCCGAUGCUCAAUGAGUGGCA